AUGUCUCUCAGCUGUGUGCUGUUCCUGAUGGUAUCAGUGCUUGCUACUGCUGGAAAGAGGAUCAAAUGCGCAAAAGGCAAUCUUAGAAAACCUUUCAUGAUGGAAGUAGUAAAAUUAGGGGACUACGACUAUCCUAAAUCGGCAGUAGCUGUUUACUGCUCGAUGACCUUCCAGUAUAAUGCCGGAUUCUGUCGCGAUGGAGGACAUGUUACGAAAAUUGAAACCGGCUAUGCUCAAUUUGGGUCCAAGAAGGAUUUAAGGACAGCAGCAAAGGGCAAGAAUAUUUUCAACUCAAAUUUAAAUCGUCGUGAGCUGUGGACACAAAUCUACUUGAAGUAUAAUGAGGAUCUUGUCAGACCGAACCGAACUGAAGAAGAUAUGAUUGAUCAAUGCUUGUUCGAUGAAUUCCCAAUUGAAUACGUUGAAGGAGAAAAGUACGUCCCUGAAGAGGAAGAGAAGAAGACGGAGGAAAAAGAAACGGAACAAAAGUCGGAAGAAGAAGAUGAUCCUGCCGUCUUCUACGUGACACUCAUAGGUGGUGUCGUGCCGCUGGUCAUGCUCGGGAUUUCCUGCAUUUUAUUCCAGUCAUGGGAAAGCAAGCGCCGAAGCAGAUUGUUGAACUACUCCAAAAGAUCCAGAGAGGAAGAAGAUGAAGACUAUGGAACAGAAGGUCGGCCUCGUGAAGAUGAAUUAGACACUUCAAAGAACUUAGCUCCUGCUCGUCAGCCGUCGGCUGAAGCAUCUCUUAUUGGUCCGAAAGAAGGUCAACGUGACGUUUCUCUUAUUGGUCCAAGAGAAGGUGAUCGUGGAGCUUCCUUUAUUGGUCCGAAGGAGGUUGUUCACGAAGGUCAUCGACCACGUGACGAAGGUCCCCCUUCUCGAGAAGGCAUUCCUCUUUCUUUUGAAAGUCUUCCUCCUCUUCCAGGUGAACCCCGUCCAUCUAACAAAACUUCCUCCCUAGAGCCACUAGACGACGGCGGUUACGAAUCUAUCGACCCCUUGGCUGCUGAACAUGCCGUCGAGGCUGCUAACAAGGAGCCUAUCCCACCACCACCACCUCCACCACCACCAAAGGGGAUGCCACCAAGGUCAGGAGCCAAACCUAUACCAAAAGCCGUACCGCAGGUGAAACAAAAAUCCAAGAUAAGCGGAAAGAAACGUAAGAAAUCUGGCAAAAAAGCAGACACAAAGAAGCAGCCAAAAGCUCCAGGAAAGCGGAGGAAGUGA